CGGGGACAAUUGUGGCUAUAAAUGCCCUUGGUGUUAUUACUUUACAGAUUGCCGGUGUCAGUGUUAGGAGGAAGACGGGAGGGAGUAACAGCCAGCGCGUAUAAUAAGACUGAGCAGCGCGAAGCUUACGAACAUCCGUCCGGACGAGCCGCACUUCUCAAUCGCAGCCCCCGUCCACGCAGUACAUUUAUCGCACACGGCCCAGCGCGUGAACAAGCACAGGAACCAGUGCACAGCUGAAAGCGUAAAGGGAAACCAAGCCGGCCGCCCGCGAUCCAGCAGCAGAAGCAGAGAUGCAGCGAAGCGAGAACGACAGCGAAUGUCCCGUCUGCCUGGAGCACUACACGCGACAGAAGCGCGUGCCGCGCCGGCUGCACUGCAAACACACCUUCUGCACGCCGUGCCUGGAGUGCCUGGCCUGUCAGGACUCCUGCAACCUGUGCACGGUGCGCUGCCCCCUGUGCCGCUGGACCACCUGCGUGGGCCUGCCCGGCCAGGGUCCCAAGGACUCUCUGUGGGUUAACAGUGAGCUCUGGGACUGCAUCCCUAACACCGAUGAAGAGGAGGAUGAGAUCACAGUGGAAGACAUGCCCACCAGAUCCACAACAUCCACUCCACAGACCCAACGAAAUGUGCGGCCGAUCCUGAAUAUUCCGGGUGUCAUGAGAAAACUUGGAUUCAAGCGGCCACAGAGGAGUGUGGCGGCAAGGCCCCUACCUUGGUUCAGACCCGUCUGCAGGUAUUUCAGUCGCAGUCCAAAGCCGCAACCAGGCAAGGUAGGACUGUUGUCUGAGGCAGGAUGGGGCAAAGAGAGCCCUUCGUUGCACAAACGAUGACGCAGGAACGGACAUGUAGACAAACAGGCCAGUUUCUUUCCUGGAUAUUCCUGGAUCAUAAGAAGCCGCCUGGCGUCCUCACGGCAUGAAAAUAAAACCAAAUCCUACAGAAUCUCUGGAGAAACUGAUUUUUUUGAUUUUUGAAAGCGCUACAGCUCACCGAAGUCUAACAACAUUAGGUAGAAGUUUUGGACUAUCUGCUUACCUCUGAGCAUUUCCCUGCGUGAAAUCCCUGAGCCAGAUGAAACCUCCCAAAGAAAGCAUUUUGGAAAUGGCUGUCAUGUUUUUGAUAUUUAAUAUGUAAUAAGAUACAUCUAUGUGUAUUUUGUACGUUAGCUGUUUUAAUAAUCAGUAUGUUUUCCUGUAAAUUGUUCAUUUUUGUUCUUUGCUCAGUAUGAAUCUUCCAUCUGAUGCACAGCAUUUGAAUGACUUGAUUUGUGAUUAUUGUGUUUUAUACAAUUAAAUUAUUUGAAAUACA